GCGGGCGGGGGCGCGAGCGCGUGGUGUGCGGAGGAGUGCUGACGUGUCGGGCUGCCGCUCACCCACUGAGCGCUAUGGCGGCGGCUGGCGCUGGCCGUGCGAGGCCGGUGGAGGAGAGGCGGCUGCCGGCGCUGUGGCUGUGUGGCCUGGGCCUCCUGCUGCAGGCUGUGUGCCUGGUCGGCCGGGCGCACGGGCUGGUGGAGGGGCUGUACUGCGGACAGCUCUCCUGCUAUGACGUGCUGGGGGUGAGCAGGGAGACCAGCAAGAGCGACAUCGCCCGCGCUUACCGGCAGCUGGCGAGGCGCUACCACCCCGACCGCUACAAACCUCCCGACACCGAGGCCCAGGAGAAGCCCGAGGAGAAGUUCCUGCUGAUCGCUACCGCCUACGAGACGCUGAAGGAUGAUGAAACCAGGAAAGAUUAUGAUUACAUGCUUGACCACCCUGAGGAAUUCUACAGACAUUAUUACCAUUACUACAAGAGGAGGCUGGCACCAAAAGUAGAUGUUCGAAUUGUUAUAUUGGUCACUGUCUCUGCUAUAUCACUCUUCCAGUAUUACAGCUGGUGGAGCAGUUACAAUGAGGCCAUUCACUAUCUCACCACUGUGCCAAAGUACAGGAUCCAGGCCACAGAAAUCGCCAAACAGCAAGGUCUACUUAACAGAGCUAAAGAGAAAGGAAAAAACAGACGAUCGAAAGAUGAAAUCAAAGAGGAGGAGGAAGAAAUUAUUCGAGAUAUUAUCAAAAAUAACAUAGAUAUUAAAGGGGGCUAUCAAAAACCGAGGCUAUUUGACAUAUUAAUUUUCCAGAUUGUAUUGGCUCCUUAUUACUUGUGUAGUUAUGUAAUCUGGUACUGUACUUGGAUCUAUCGCUUUAGUAUUAAAGGGGAAGAAUAUGGGGAAGAAGAAAAAUUGUACAUUAUCCGAAAAAAUAUGUCUAUGUCUAGAGGCCAGUUUGACAGUCUAGAAGAUCAACAGAAAGAGACUUUUCUCGAAAGGAAACUGUGGUUGAAAGAAAACUUUGAGGUGUAUAAACAGGAACAAGAGGAAGAACUUAAAAAGAAAGUGGCUUUAGAUCCUCGGUGGAAACGGUAUCGACGGUGGAUGAAAACUGAAGGCCCUGGAAGGCUAACCUUCAUUGAUGAUUAGAUACUCUGCCUUAUACUUCGAUGUUUACUAUGUUUUUUUAUAUAAAAAAAAUAUUUUCGUAAUCGAAUAUGGAUGUAAGUUGAUCGAUAGCUCAGGAUUCAGUUGAUAUAAAACAGAUUUACAACCUUACCAACAUUUAGUUUCAUCCAAAAAAGGGUGUAUUGCCAAAUAUUAGUGAUAACCUCAGACUAUAUUAUUGCUAUUAUCUGAAUUAUAUUUUUGAAUUGUGAAAGAACAUGUCAAAUUGAUGAAAAAUCAUUGGUUGCUUAUUCACUUUAUAUAUAAAUAUUAAUAUAUAGAGAGAGAAGAUAUGAAACGCCAACAUUGCUUUGUGCAGGAUUGAUUUGUGCACUGAUGCUUGUUCACUGUAGUGCUUGUAAUUUAACUUAAUAUGCUUAGAAGGAAUCAAAAUGUGCAACAUUCAGCCAUUGUUGGCUUUUCGGAUUUUUAGACUGGAUGUAAAACAGAAUAUCACAGCCCGGAUGGUAGAAUCUCAUGGGUACCUGCUCCUUAGGUUAAAGCUGAUUUUAUAUGUUAUGUUUAGCUUUUCACAAGCACACAACUGAUUUGUGAAUCUAAGUUAUUGUUUGCAUUAAUCUUAUUUAUUGCUUGCAUCCCCUUAAUACACGGCGUCCGUUUGGGUGCAAUAAUUAUAUUUUUAGAGCCCUCAACUUCAAUUUGGUCACCAUUGAUUUCACCAGUGUACAUUUUUCAUUUGGUAGGUGAAGGUGCUAGGUCCUGAUACAGUGAUUCUGGGUGCCAUCCUUUUGCUUUGUCUCAUAAGGGCAUUUUAAAAUAGGAAACUGGAAGAGAAUGCCUGUAAUUCUACAGUAAACCUCCGCACAUCUGGACAUCAGCUGUUCAUUAAUGCUCUAUUCAUGUUUACAGUGUUGGUGUCAAAGAUUUGAUAGCAUUCAAAACAAUAAUGUUAAUAUAAUUUCCCACUGCUAAGUAGAUUUUUUGUCUUUGAUAUUGUCCAUUCUUGUUCAUUGUUCAUUAAAAGUAACAAUUUGUUUUUAAUAAUAGCUACAUGUUAACAAACACCGACCUGUAUUAUGACAUUUGGGAUCCCAUUCUGCAGGCAUCAGAUAUGUUCUUGUGCAACUUAACAUCCUGGAGUUUGUGCAAAGCUUACGUUGAUGUUCUCUCCUCCGCGGUGAUAGAUAUGGAGCAAUUAGCAUAGCUGACUCCUGGUCAAUGCAUAAAUGGCUUGUAAGAAAUGUUAUGGUUGGAACAGUAUUUUUUACAUAAUAUUAUAGAUGAGAUGUUACUGUGUAUUGAACAGCUUAUUUUGGUCAGGUAAUAUACGUUCAGACUAGUGUAUCAGUGCUAGAUGGAACUUGUUUAGUUAAUAAACAAUGUUAUGCCCAAUGCAUGUAAUUUUGCCACAGUGUGUGCAUCCAUCCUAUGGUUCAAGCCACCAAAUUUGACCUGAGAAGUUCAGGGAGCACAUUCCCAUUUUGUGAAACAAUUUUUAGCUGCAGAAUCUUUGAAGAACGAACCUCUUAAUUUGAGGAAGAAAUACAAAUUGAACUAAAAAGUGUAUUUUGCUUUUUUAAACAAUUGUAUUUUGUACUCUUUUUGAGUAGCAAUGUUUACAUAAAAACACAGAAGCAGAUAUUAAACACAAUUGGUUUGACAGCAUGUAAUUGAUUAAUUUUUGUGUAAAACUGGUCAUAGAGAAUUUUUUGCACUGCUGAUCUAUUCGUGAGGUUAAUCUUUUCUGGUAGGUCUCUCAGAACCCUUUUAAAUGGGUAAUUUCAAAAUGUCUGCUCUUCAUGUGCACUGAUUUCAGAAAAUGAUGGAUGUGUUCAAUACUGACCUUGCAGAAUUGGUUUUGUAGUGAUUGUUUCUAUGGGCAUCAAUUGUAUUUUACAUUACAAUGUGUGGUUGUGCUUGACUGGCAAACUGAGAGAAACAAUAAACAUUUUGCUUUAUACCAGUAAAA